CUUGUAAUGAUAUCAUUCCUUGUCGUGACAUCAUUGCUUGUCGUGUCAUCGUUCUUUGUCGUGACAUUAUUCCUUGUCAUGACAUCAUUUUUUGUCGUCACAUAAUUACUUAUCAUGACAUCAUUUCUCGUAGUGUCUUCAUUCGUUGUCGUGACAUCAUUCCUUGUAGAGUCAUCAUAUCUUGUCGUGGCAGCGUUUCUUGUCGUAACAUCACUCCUUGUCGUCACAUCAUUCCUUGGCAUGACGGCAUUGCUUCUCAUGACAUCAUUCCUUGUCGUGUCAACAUUCGUUAUCGUGAAAUCAUUCCUUGUCGUGACAUCAUUCAUUGUCGUGUCAUCAUUCCUCGUGGUGACAUUAUCCUUUGUCAUGACAUCAUUCCUAGUCAUGAAAUUAUUGCUUAUCAUGACAUCAUUCCUUGUCGUGUCGUCAUUCCUUGUCGUGACAUCAUUCCUUGUUGAGACCAGUGCUGAUAAAAGUCAUUUUCCCCAGCAAAAUUCAUCGAAAAUUACAGCCAAUCAUUUUCACUUCCAAUGAUCGCAGCACUCUUUCAGAUACACUAGAUUUUCGUCCUAGUAACGUGCUGUUAUACUCAUAUGAAAUAGAUCGCGCGCAUCGUUCACGGUUACGGAAUAAAAUUUGACGACAAAUCCAACCAAAUGAUCUCCACUUCAAAGCGGAAAAGAAAAACAAACAGUCCACUCAACCAAAAUGAACCUCACCAAAACACUUUUUCACUGUCACUGACCGAUUCCUUGACAAUCUUCGUUAACUGAUAAACUGAUUUUGUUGUCUUGCUUUCGUCACAUGAAAUAUGAUGAGGAUUGUAAAAAAAUAAAGUUUAUGGAUGCUUUUUUUGAUUUUCACUCAAGAGUGUCAACAAAUAUCAACCCUGGUUGAGACAUCAUUUCAUGUCGUGACAACAUUCCUUGUCGUGAUAUCAUUCCUUGUCGUGACAUUAUUCUUUGUCGUGACAUCAUUUUUUGUGGUGACAUCUCUCUUUGUCGUGUAAUCAUUUCUUGUUGUGAUACCAUUGCUUGUCGCGGCAUCAUUUCUUGUGGUGACAUCAUUCAUUCUCAGAACAUUAUUCCUUGUCGUGACAUCAUUCCUUGUCGUGAUAUCAUUUCUUUUCGUGACAUCAAUCUUUAUCUUCACAUCAUUACUUGCUAUGAUAUCUCUCCUUGUCGUGACAUCAUUCCUUGUCGUAACAUCAUUUCUUGACAUGUCAUCAUUCCUUGUCGUGACAUAAUUUCACAUUAUCUCAUGUGACAUAUCAUAUCACAUUAUCUCAUAUCAUGUUGCGACAUGUCAUGUCAUUGCAUGUCGUGGCAUUUCAAGUCGUGUCAUGUCAUAACGUCACAUCAUUUUUUGUCAAAUUACAUUCUCUAAUUUCAUUUCAUAUAACCUCAUGUCUUGGCACAUUAUCUCAUUCCAUGAUAUAUCAUAUCAUAUCACCUGAUGUCAACUCGCACAUCAGCUCAUGACAUGUCAUAGCAUUUCGCAUCAUUUUACAUCGUCUCAUGUCAUACCACAUCAUCUUAAGUAAUAUCACAUCAUUUUAUUUUAUAUUACAUCAUCUCGAGUCUUAUCGCGUCAUCUCAUUUUAUAUCACAUCAUCACAAUAUACCGGCAUUUCAUACAUUGUCAUAUCAUCUCAAGUAUUGUCUUGCCAUAUCUAUCAUAUCGUGUUACGUCAUAUCAUCUCAUAUCUUGUCAAAUCUUCAUCUGUCAUGUCUUGUCAUAUCAUCUCAAGUCAUGUCUCUUGGGAUCAUCUCAUGCCAUAUUUUGUCAUAGAAAGUCAUAUCCUCAUAAGCAAUAAUGUAAUAAAUAAAUGCGAAUGAUUAUUUUUGUAAUGCUUUUUCCUCCGCUGAAAAAAAUGAAUAAUAAAAACCACCUUUUUUUUUACGUCCUGGCACGCCCAUUCAUAUCGUAUCAUAUCAGCUCAAGUCACUAAUGCAUUUGCGUAUCGUAUCACCUUUCAGUCAAGUUCACAUUACUACUUUCAAAUCUGCACAAAAAAUAAAUUAUUACGGUACUCUCCAAAUAUGACAAAAAUUUCUUCUGGUGUGCUUGAUAUCUAGAGCUCUUUUAGCAAUCGAAUGUACACAGUAAAUGACCAUGGAUGGCGUUAUCUACAUAUGGUGUUUACAUCCAUUUUUAGCGAUAUGUUAUCUGCGUAUCGCAAUUUCGCAGAAAACGGUACACAGUAGAAAAAACUAAAAAAUAAUCAUUUGUAUUGGACAUUGGUCAAGCGAUUGGUGUUUAACACAAAAAUUUUACAGUGCAUUACUUGAAAAAAGGGGGUUUGCAUUCGCGAACGGUGAAUCAGUCAAAAAUUCGUGUUCACACCAUGAAGACUUCACCGCUGUUGGUGGUAAUUUUGGUAUUAGGCUCUACGGUGGCUAACCACAAAAGUGACUAUCUUGAUCUAAAUAUUUUCUGCCCGAAGGAAACCACCAAAAUCAUGAGGGAAACGUUGCACGUACAACAGUUGCCAUCGAAUAUAACCUAUUUGGACGUUUGCAAUGCAAUAACGAGCAUAAGUCCGGAUGCAUUCGAACAAUUCAAAGAUCUGGAAAGUUUAAAUUUAGACGGAAACGAGCACAUGGCAUUUCCUUCGGACGGAAGUCCGUUACUUCGCCAUGAUAUGAUCGCUCAACUCUCAUGUGCUCGCUGUGGAAUAAGCGUAAUUUAUCAGGGAUCUCUCAGCAGCAUGCCCAGUCUAGAAUUCGUUAAUCUAACCGGCAAUGCAAUUUCGCAAAUCUCAAGCAAAGCGUUCAGGAAGAACCUCAAGCUGCAUAACAUUGACUUGAGCCGCAAUAACCUGAGUCACGUGUCACCCGAUAUGGUUGAUGGUCUAAAGCUGUUAAAAAACUUAGAUCUCAGUUACAAUAAAAGGCUUGCUCCUAAAGGAAAUGUUUCUUUUUUGAUCAGUACUAGCUUAGAGGAGCUUAAUUGUGACGACUGUGGUUUCAGUGUCAUUAGCUUCAAAACAUUCGCUAUGACAAUAAACUUGCAAAAGUUAUAUCUGCGCAGAAACGAAAUAACGUUUAUCGAAAGUAAGGCUUUCGAUUUGCACAAAAACCUGUCAACACUGCAAGUUCAAAACAAUCAAUUAAAAGUGAUAGAUUACUCUCUGUUGGUACAACCUAUGAAACUCUGCUUGGAAGGAAACUCGAUAAUACUCGAUUGUGAUGAAAAAUUUUCACUGGAUCUGUUAAAGUUUCAAUGUUCCACUGCCUCACCGAAGGGCAUUACAUGUGCCAUCAAAACAACAACUACCGAAAAGGUUACCGAAACCAGCCCAUUGCAAAGAAGCACAGUUUCCGACAUCAUACCAGAAACAAGAGCCAUGACAAUAGUAGCACCUCAGCUAACAUCUUCUACCUCAAAUCCGCCGAAAAUGCAAGCGGAUACAGUUGCCGGCAUAUCAAAUGCUUACAUAACCGGUUACCUCGUAAUAAUUUGCCUAGCUCAGUUGACCCUUAUGAUGCUACUGUUGGGAGUCUACCUUAAAAUGGCGAAAAACGAUGCGGACCCGAAAAUUGACUGUUACGCCGAAAAUAUUGUCAAUCCGACAGCCUUCUACAAGGCCAUUCGCUAGCAUGCUAGCAUGUGUAGGAGUAGCCACAUUUCAUGACAGUAAACUAUAAGAGAUACUCUUUAUCUAGAAGAGCCCCGUGCUCGUAAGUAAGUACUUUGUAGAAUAUGACUGACCAAUUAAAGAACCUAAACAACCAACGAAUAUUAUGAAAUAGGCAUAAUCAAU